CCAAUCGCUUGAGGACAGAGUGGGAAAAGGAGCAAGCAGAGUUAGAAGCCGGACAAAAGAACUUAUACACCCCUUAUAUACAUAUUUUCCUAAUGUUUUAGAGAGCGUGGUGUAGUGAAAAACAAUUGCGGUGAGUGCGGAUGGACUUGUCAGUGUAGUUAUGGAACCCCCUUUAAACAAGAGGAAUCCGGCGAUAAGAUUAGCGGAUUUGGCAGCGACUCAACCCCAUCCUCAUCAGAAUAUGACAGGCUUCCCGGGGCUAGGGGGGCAUCACCCUCUCUCCCACCAUGCCCACCUCCACCCUGGGGAGCUGGGCAACGACCCCGGAGUGGCACUCACUCCAUUUGGACCAGAGCACAUGGCACAGACAAAUGCUCUCAAACUUAGCCCAUCUCAGCACAUUCAGAGCCAUCACGAAGCCCAGACCGCGGCAUCUUUCACUUCUGCUCAGACCACUGUUGGUUUCCCCGUGGCUCACCCCCACUCAGGCUACUCAAGCAGCAGGGACUUCAUCCUCAGGAGAGAACUCUCAGCCUCUGCUAUGCAUGCACUUGGCGACCAGCAUAGUUCCGCCUCCUCCCCUCAUCACCAUGGCAUGUUCAUCUCCCCAACAGGUGCUUAUGGACACGCGGAAAGUGGGGCCCAUUCACUUUUUACUGGACUUCACGACCAAGCGUCCCAAGGUGCCCACCAUCACCAUGCCCUCAAUGGGCAGAUGCGCCUGGGUAUACCGGGGGACAUCUACGGCAGGCCAGAGCACUUCGGGCACAGGCCAGAGCACUAUGGACCCUCUUCUAUCCACAGCUACAACUCCAUGAACCUCAAUGUGAACAUCGCUUCUGCUCCUCACGGAGCGGCGGGGGCGUUUUUAAGAUACAUGCGGCAGCCCAUAAAGCAGGAGCUGAUCUGCAAAUGGAUUGACCAGGAGCAAAGUCAAAAAAAGCCUUGCUCUAAAACUUACAGCACCAUGCACGAGCUGGUCAACCACGUCACGGUGGAGCAUGUCGGGGGACCGGAGCAGAGCUCCCACGUCUGUUUUUGGGAGGAAUGUCCACGGGAAGGAAAGGCGUUCAAAGCGAAGUACAAACUGAUAAAUCACAUCCGAGUUCAUACGGGAGAAAAGCCCUUCCCGUGUCCUUUCCCGGGUUGUGGAAAAGUGUUCGCUCGAUCGGAGAAUUUAAAGAUUCACAAGAGGACUCACACAGGAGAGAAACCUUUCAAGUGCGAGUUUGAGGGCUGUGACAGAAAAUUCGCCAACAGCAGUGACCGGAAGAAGCACUCUCACGUCCACACCAGCGACAAGCCUUACUACUGCAAAGUGCGUGGCUGUGACAAAUCCUACACACACCCGAGCUCACUGCGGAAGCACAUGAAAGUGCACUGCAAGUCCCCGCCGCCCCCCUCCACCAACGUCAACUACAUUUCCUCCACAAACCCACUCGGAGAUUCUCUUUCUCCCAACUCCGAGCCGCACAGGAACCGCUCUGCGAACCUCUCCCCUCAGGUCACCAACCUCAACGAGUGGUACGUGUGCCAGGGGAGCGGAGGACCCAACCACCUCCACACCCCCUCCAGCGAUUUGCCAACGUCAGAUUCAGACGAGGACUCUUUCAGACAUUCAGACCCAAGGACGAUGCUCUGAUGCCCCGUUUACAACCACGUGCCUGUCAAACUUGGCAUCUAGCUGACCCGUUAAAGUGUGUAGAUCCAUGCUGGCCCGUGCGCUCGGAGUAUUGAUCAGUUGUUUUCACUGUAGUAUUAUUAAACGUGUGUGCUAAACGCAGAUCAUUCACUAUUAUGGUGGAUGCAAUGCAGGCCUACAUGAGCAAUAAUUUCUUUCUGAGGUGACCCCUGACCUUUCUUAAAAUUGUAGAUCAAAACUGUCAAAAUGAAACAUUUGACGCUGAAAUUAAAACUGAAAUUUAAAGUUUUAGUCUUAUUUAAAGGACCAAAAAAUUUAAAAUUAGCCAAUUUCUGAAUAGAACUUUUCAAAAAUGAAUAAUCUUCUUUAUUUUCCUUUUUUUUUUUACAUGAGAAAUAUGCAGGGUUUAAUUAACUGCAUGGCUUAAGACUCAACUGGUGUGCAGAAAUGACAUCUUUCAUGUGACCUCCCAUCACCCCCUUCUAGUUUAAUAACUCGCCUGCUAUCAAUCACUGUCAUAUUCCAGACAUUUAAGGAAAACAAAUGGUACUGCUUGUAACCCCACAAAUGGCAACAAAUGUUAAUGGGUGGAAUCUAGAAGAUGAGACUUUUUCUUUUUUAAUAUUGUGUGAUUUCUUUAAGAUGUGGUACAAACUUUGAUAAACCAAUAAGGAAAAAAAAAAAAGAGAGGAGGCAAACAUCUGAUUGUCUUAAGGGUUCUCAUUUACCUUUUCAGAUUUAUACAAUACAUGUGUUUGGAUGGAAUUUUGUAAUAUUUAAGAACUAUUUAAGACUAUAUUUUAUGCAAAAUACACAAGUGUUAUGCUCGUUAAAGAGUACGAGUAAGUCCAUUGAGACCCUAAAUGUCUACACUGACAGGCUUUGACCCUGUAGGAUUUGUAUAUAUGUAAUUGUACUGAUGCUUGUGAAUGUUGUGUAGUUUUAAUUACAAAAAAAAAUGUUGUUUUGUACAUUGUAAUUUAUUUGCUGGUAUCAAUGUUGGAAUUACAGGAACACCAAAGAAUAAUAAUAUCAGUUUUGGUGAUGCAUAGUA